AGAAACAAGAACAUCAGAACUGAACAAAACUGAAAAUUUUGAAGGGACCAUCAAGAAGGACAUGAAAAGGCCUAAGAAUGAAACUGUGGAAGGUGACGAUGAAUGUGAAGCAGAAAAUUCUAGUAAAGAAGUCUUUGAAGCAAUCACUACUGUAAGGGAAGAGUUCCCCAAGCAGUUACCAAUAGCAUUGCAAGGAGGCGUUGAAGUAUCGAAGAGGGAAGAACCAAAAGUGGUGGCCAAAGAAGCACUGGCUGAAGAACAGAGAGCGGAGAAAGCUAACAGGAGUAUUGAGGAAAACACCUUAAAUGAGACCUCACGAAAGGAAGAUGAGGAGUCUGACAAUAAAAGAAAGGUCAAGAAGGUGGCAGAGGCAAUGGCCUUAGGAGAGAAUGAAAAACCUGGAUAUGGUGUAGUGAAAUUGAAAGAAGAGGGAUCUAUAAGGAUGAAUUUUGAAGCAAAUAAGGUUGUUGAGGAAGACAUAAGUAAGGACAGAAAUGAACAAGUUAGAGUGCCAAAAAUGAAUUCAAGGGAUCAACCAAGUGUGAAAGAGAAUACUGAUAAAGGAGGACUACAUGGAAGCAAAAGACAAGAGCUUUUGGAGGGAGGGAAAACUAAACAUUUCGAAGAAGAGGGUGCGAAAAUUGAACAAUCUGUUAAGAAAGUGAAUGGAGAGAAAAACGGAAAGAUUGAAGCUGAAGCAAAUGAAGGUUUAAGGAGAGACUUGACAAGGGAUACAUUUCAGCAAGAAAUAGAUGAUCCUGAUAUUCAAACUAAGGAAAGUGAACAAAGUCUACAAGAAUCGACGGGUAAAGGAGGCUUUGAAGCAAGCAUGGCUGAAAUAAAAGAUGCAGCAGAAGUAAAAGAAGAGCUGGUCAAGCAGAAGAGCGAGGCAAAGGUGGGGGAGGCAGAAGAUGCCGAAGAUGGUGCGAAACUUGAGCAGCCUAUGAAGCAGGCGAAAGGAGAGAAACAUGAAAAGAUACAAGAUGAAACAACUAUGAAAGGAACAAAAGAGCCUGAGAUUCAAAAUAAGGAAAAAGAUCAACAAUGUGUGCUGGAAAUGAAUAAGGGAAUGCUUGAACUAAGCAUGGCAACAAUUGAAGAAGCAAAGGAAGCAAGAGAAGAGUUCAUCAAACAGCAGAGUGGGGAAAAGAUGGAGGAACCUAAAGAUGUCAACAAUAAGGGUGCAACAAUACAACAAAUUGUGGAGAAAGAAACAGGGGAGAAACAUGAAAAGACACAAGUUGAAGCCAGUGGGGAUCUGAGGGAAAAUAUAACAAAGGAAUCCAAGAUUCAAUCUGAGGAAAAAGAUCAACAAAGUCUACAUGAUGCUAUGAGCGAGGAAAGAUUUGAACUGAGCACAGUAGCAAGAGAAUUUCCUCUGCAGAAGAAUGGAAGGGAAGGACCAAAUGUUGAGUCCACAGAGACAACUCAAGAGUCAGAUAGUGAAAGAAUAACCAAGACUUUUCAAGAAGUAGUCAAGGAAAAAAAUCCAAAAGCAUUUCUUGUAGGAACUGAUGAAAGAGAUGCGAAAGUAUUAAGUAUGGGAGUUAAAAAGACUGAACAAGGGAGUGAAAAGAAACAUGACACUGAACUGUUAUCUCAAGAAAAUCAAAGGAAGGAAGCUUGUGAAUCAAGAAAUCAAAGUGUGAACCAAGAUAUCGAAAAGUCAAAGAAAGCAAAAGAAGCAGAAAGUGCAGAUCAAUGCACUUAUAACACAGAAAGAACUGAAGCAGCUGCAGCCAUAGAAGAUCAAAUGGCUAAACCAAGGUUUCCAACAACUCAACAAUUUGAGGUUGAAGAAUGUACAUUACAAGAAGACUGCAAAAAGAAACAUGAACAAUCUCCAAAAUCACAAAAGGAAUAUCAUACAAAUGAUUUGCGAAAUUCAAUCGGAACGAAGGAGCAAGAAUCCGAGCGUAUGGAAGUUUUGAAGCCAGAAGCUCCUCUAGAAGAACUCCUAAAGAAAAGUGAACAGGAGACUAGAAAAGACGAAUUUCAAAAGGGAGAAAAAAUUGAGGAGAAAAUGCAAGACAUUGAGCAAUCCAAAAGUAAAGUUGAUGACAAAGAUCAACAAGAUGUUAGCAAAGAAAUUGGGGCAGCAGAGAUCAUAGGUAGAACAGAAGCGAAAGAACAAUAUGCAUCAAAUGCAGGCUCACCAGCUGGAAGCAAGGAAACUGAAAAAGAUUUGGAAGCAACACAUGAAACAGAGAAAUACUUCGCUCAAAACGUUGAAGAUAACAAGCUUCGGAACAGGGAGGAAAUUAAAAAGACCAUUUCUGAAGAAAAUGAUGAAGUUAAAUAUGCUGCAGAGCUAAGAAGAAGAACACAAGUGAAAGAGCAUCAGAGAAAAUCAGAAACUGCUGAGAAUGAAGAAGAACCUCCCAAAUUGAAAGAGCAAAUUAUUGAAUGGAAAUCACCAAAAACAAAAGAGUGUGUGCCAGAAUCAACAGGCAUAAAACAACAUGGCUAUGGCACAGAAGACACAACAUUAAGUCAGCAAUCCACACAUGAAGAAAACAGAACACCAGAAAAUGCUGUUGAUGAAUUACCAGAGACAAACACUGACACAGACUACCGAAAGUUAGUUGAGUCGGGGGAUCCCUCGGAAGAUGAACGAGUUGAAUCUUUUCCGGCACAUAUCCCAGAAAAUCAAGGCUUUGGAGACAAUCAGGAGGGAACCAAAUGUCCCAAGAUUUCGACCGGCGACCCUGAUAAGAAAGGAUAUCAAAUAACAAAGGAUAUUGAUGAAGAAUUGCUGAGGAAACAAGACUUAUCAGGAAAAAUUGUUCAUGAAGAAAGGGGACAAAAAAAAAAAAAAAAAGAAAAUAGUAUAUUCAAGAGAGAGAGAGAAAGAGAGAGAGAGAGAGAGUGCAGAUCAGAUUAUGAAGGAAUACGAGUAGCCGCUCAACAAUCUAUGUUGUGCAUCAUUGGGCAAUCUAUGAACUAUAAAUUAGGGUUCUAACUACAAGAUUUUCAUCACUCAAACAAAGCUUCAUGUAACUGCUCAGAGAACACUGUAUGCGUCAAAAUUUAGGUACGGAUUUCAUUUUUCUUUUGAAAAUUUCAACAAUCUGAAAACAAAACAAAGUAGCAAAAAA